AUGCUCAAGCUAUGCAGACCCGAUUGGAAAGAAGGUACUGCGGAAUGGCGUCCAGCACUGCCUAUUUCUCCCGGAGUUUUGGACGAAUGGAGAGUCAAAGCCAACGUUUAUUCUUCUGGCUCCAACCUUCCGAAAUGGACUAAAGAAUUUUCAAUUUUGAAACCUCGCCGUGGCCUUCUCGCCAUAAUGGGUGGAGUUAUAGUGUUUUCUCUCGGGGCUUUUGGAGUUGUAUCGUUAAUACUCUAUUUAGUGAAGAAUGAUGAUAUAUGGGUUAGCGAUUUGAAUUCCACGCCAUUUAUGGAGCUUCCAAUAGAAGCUUAUUCUCAACCAAGUUCUCAACUUCUCCUAACUGGAGAUCAGGAUUCGGCUAGCUAUCGCGGCUUCUAUGAUGUAUCGGAGCCAUCCACGUCUACGAACGAUCCUAUCAUCGGAUUCAGUCAUCUCCCUACUUAUCAUUUGGUUCAAAAACGGAGUGCUGGAUCCAGUAUUCAAUUGUCCAUAUGGAAGUUUGGAUACAUUUGA